AUGACGCUACCCCUGCGCGUCAACACCAAUCUCCCUAACGUGCAGGAAGAGGACUCUUCAUCCACCCGAUUCCCCUCUGGCAGCUCACCCAUUGACUGGGCUCCCACCACGACCACUACUGCAACAGCGUUUACCGCGUCCGCUACAAACCCCAGACGUCUCAUUCGCUCGCACACCCCUACCCCGAUCACCACGCGGUCGCCUAUCCGCAAGCGGCCCAGACUCUCGCGCUUUCCUGGCGCCGGGCGUCUUCCCCAGCCCCCUCGAUACCACGUCACAGUGGUUCCCCCUGCCGCCAGCCCGCGCACACAGCGCCAAAGACAAAACUACCUGCACAGCGUCGACCACCUGCGCACGCCCCUCGUGCCGCUCAUCUCGGUGGCCACGGGCCUCCCGCACCCGCAGUUUCCCACCAGCCUCUUGCAGUACCACCUCUUGACGCACGACCAGCUGGACAGCCUAGCGCGGUGGUACCACCAGGUCGAACCCGCCGUGCAGGAGACGUUCCUCUACCCGGCGUGCAUACCGGCUUGGACCAGUUUGCACGACGAAGAUCGCCAGAUCGACGUUGAUCUCGAGACCAAACGCCGCAGGUGGGGAAGGUUCAUUGGCCUCCGAGGGUGCGAGAGUCCCGGCACGGAGACGGACGAGCACGGCAAUCCCAUCGAGACGAGGGAGGAGUUGGCGCGGCGCAUGGAGAGGGAGUGGCGCCGCGCGCUGGAGCGGGCCGAGGAGGAAUCUCGAGCAUUUGAGAAGAGUUGGCGGGGGAGGUGGUAG